AGCGCGCGAUUCCCGGUAUCGCAGGGAGCGCGGCGCCCGCUGCCCCCAGAUCCAGCGCUGCGCCCCAACCCCUGCGGGUCCCCGGCCGCGCUGUCAGUCUGCAUUAGUGCUAACAGGCUCCAGACUGAGCGCACCCGGCGCGGGGCUAAUGCAAUCGGCGCGUUACCUGAGGCGUAGGCUACAUUACCAGCCCGGCCCCCAGCUUAGUGCGGCCAGAAGCAACCAGCCCGCUCCCCGCGGCCGCUCCUGGUCCCCAGCGCUCCUCCAGAGGCGCCCGGGCUCCCUGAGGCCGCGUCCAGUCCCAGCUCCCAGUCCGUGCCCCGCGGCCUGCAGAGGGAAAGCGACCGGAGUGUAGCCGAGUUCCCCGUUGCUAUUGCACAAAGCCUCUGCGAGCUCCCAGGACUAUUCAGGUCCCCCUGGUCAACCGCACCCAUGCUCCUGGCGCGGAUGAACCCGCAGGUGCAGCCUGAGAACAGCGGGGCUGAUCCGGAGAUGGAGCAGCCCCUGAGGGCGCACAAAGCUACCGAGCUGUUGGUGGUUAAAGAGCGCAAUGGCGUCCAGUGCCUCCUGGCUCCCCUGGGCAGUGACACGCCACCCCGGGAGACUUGGAGCAAGAAGAUCGACUUCUUGCUGUCCGUGGUCGGCUUCUCAGUGGACUUGGCCAACGUGUGGCGCUUUCCCUACCUCUGCUACAAGAAUGGUGGCGGUGCCUUCCUGAUCCCAUACACACUGUUCCUCAUCAUCGCUGGGAUGCCUCUGUUCUACAUGGAGCUGGCCCUGGGACAGUACAAUCGGGAAGGGGCAGCCACUGUGUGGAAGAUCUGCCCAUUCUUCAAAGGCGUUGGCUAUGCCGUGAUCCUCAUUGCCAUCUAUGUUGGCUUCUACUACAAUGUCAUCAUCGCCUGGUCACUCUACUACCUCUUCUCCUCCUUCACCUUCAACCUGCCCUGGACCAACUGUGGCCAUGCCUGGAACAGUCCCAACUGCACCGACCCCAAGCUCCUCAAUGUCUCUCUGUUGGGCAACCACACCAAGUACUCCAAGUACAAGUUCACACCGGCAGCAGAGUUUUAUGAACGUGGCGUCCUGCACCUUCAUGAGAGCAGUGGGAUCCAUGACAUUGGGUCACCCCAGUGGCAACUCUCGCUCUGUCUGAUUGUCGUAGUCAUCACCCUGUUCUUCAGCCUCUGGAAAGGAGUGAAGACAUCAGGAAAGGUGGUAUGGAUCACGGCCACGCUGCCUUACCUGGUACUGUUUGUGCUCUUGGUCCAUGGUGUCACACUGCCUGGCGCCUCCAGUGGCAUCAACGCCUACCUGCACAUUGACUUCUACAGGCUCAGAGAGGCCACGGUGUGGAUUGAUGCUGCCACUCAGAUCUUUUUUUCCCUGGGGGCUGGAUUUGGCGUCUUGAUUGCUUUUGCCAGUUACAACGAAUUUGACAACAACUGCUACAGAGAUGCCCUGCUCACCAGCACCAUCAACUGCGUCACCAGCUUCAUCUCAGGCUUUGCCAUCUUCUCCAUCCUCGGCUACAUGGCCCACGAGCACAAGGUCAACAUUGAGGAUGUGGCCACUGAAGGAGCUGGCCUGGUCUUCAUCCUGUACCCAGAAGCCAUCUCUACCUUGUCAGGGUCCACCUUCUGGGCUGUGGUGUUCUUCAUCAUGCUCCUGGCCUUGGGGAUUGACAGCUCAAUGGGAGGCAUGGAGGCGGUCAUCACUGGCCUGGCGGACGACUUCCAGGUCCUGAAGCGACACCGGAAACUCUUCACCUUUGGGGUGACCACUGGCACCUUCUUUCUGGCCCUAUUCUGCAUAACCAAGGGUGGAAUAUAUGUGCUGACACUGCUGGACACCUUUGCAGCGGGGACCUCCAUCCUGUUUGCUGUGCUCAUGGAAGCCAUAGGGGUCUCCUGGUUCUAUGGUGUGGACAGGUUCAGCAAUGACAUCCACCAGAUGAUGGGAUUCAAGCCCGGCCUGUACUGGAGACUGUGCUGGAAGUUUGUCAGCCCUGCUUUCCUCCUGUUUGUGGUGGUGGUGAGCAUCAUCAACUUCAAGCCCCUCACCUACGAUGACUACGUCUUCCCACCCUGGGCCAACUGGGUCGGGUGGGGCGUUGCGCUCUCGUCCAUGGCCCUGGUGCCCACCUACGUGGUCUACAAGCUCCUCAGCACACCGGGCUCCCUUUGGGAGAGACUGGCCUAUGGCGUCACACCAGAGAACGAGCAUCACCUGGUGGCCCAGCGGGAUGUCAGGCAGUUCCAGCUGCAGCACUGGUUGGCCAUCUGAACCCAUCCUGAGGAGCGUACCAGCGUCCAGGUCCAAGGCGUCUGCCUCUAUGUGGCCCUGGACACCGUUCCGGGAUUCCUCUCCCAGAAGAUGUUCUUUUCAUCCCCCAUCCCCUCUUCCCAGUUACACAUGAUUCCAUGAUCUGGUUUUGAUUCACCUUCUGUUCAUCUGGCCCAGGGGCUGUGAGCUUGAACUGGAAAGGCUGGAAGGAGGAGAGAGGAGGAGAGGAGGGAGCAAGAUACAGGAUAUCUGUUGAACCUCUUUUGUUUUGGGGAGAAAGUCUCGCCCAGUUUGGGAACCCACCCACCAUGACACUCAUGGUUCAGGAAGAAUUCCACACACGGAAGGAAUCCAAAGUCCACCCAGUCAGAAAGAGGAUGGUUUGGGGCAGACACCAAAGAAACCAAAACACACACUCAGUGCCCAGCAGAAUAUGAGGGUGGGUACUCAGACCUUUCCUUCUCACUCACCUGUGUCUGAACAUUAAGCAAGCAUCUUGCGUUCACUCAUCUCCCAAGGGAAGUGUGUGUGGAGAGGGGCGGGGGGGUGGGGAUGUUGAGUGGAAUGUUCACAGUAGGUUUUCACUCUGGUUGACCUGACAAGUUGUGAGUGGUCUGGGAUAUUCUGACUCUUGGUGGUCAGGUGGUCCAGAACCAUGAGAAUCAGAGGGGAAAUUUGGAUGAGCCACAACGAUCAGACAGACAAAAAGACAUGGUGUCUCUUUGUUGGGGAAUCAGAGCCCAGCCCCUCACCUGUGACACUUGAGAUCUCCUGGGCAGGAACCCGGCAAGGCCAGAUGAGGGUGGCCAGCAGGGGGCUCUGUGCUACCACCACAGGUCAGGUGGAUGUCCAAGGACAACUGGCACAAUUAAUUAUUCAUUGCUCAUAGUCACCCACAAAGCUUGUCCCUGGGAGUCCAACACCUGUAGACCAGGAAUGUUGUGUGAGAGGGAUUUGGAUUUGGAAGCUCUCUUUGUCUCUUUUCAUGGAUUAGAGGGCAGAGAGGAGCUGAUCACUGAGUAUCCCCACGUCUAAGCUGUGGGGUGACUAUCCCAAGGUGAUAGGUGGGGCUUCAGAGAAUCGCUAGGACUUGGUAUAAGUUUGUACAUGGUGUCUGUCCUUUGGUGGUGGAAGCAGUGAUUCCAGUUCGUUCAGAGGCAUGGCCAAGUGGAGGCAGCUGCCUGGGGUUUUUUGCUUAUGGUCUGAGUCUCUUACUCUGACACUGGAGUCUCUUACUGACACUGGGAUGUCUUGUUGCAGAAACUUCAAUGAGGGGAAAAAAGAAAAAAAAAAAAACACUUCCCUUACAUCAGGAGUUUAGGGAGACACAUACAGAAGGUGCUUUGGGUCAAAAUGAGGUGCACUGAGUCCAUCAGUCGAUGGGGAAUAGCUGGGAGCAGGGAAAUGUUUGACUCUUGAGAGCCCCGAGUCAGAAUUUAUGUGUCAUUCUUUAGAGAAAAGAAAGGCAAUUCGGUGACUUUGGACACAGCCUGGCUGAUGGCUGCCACAGACUGCUGUGGGGCUUGCUGAGGUGGGGCCUGCGUGUGUCCCUGGGGCUGGGGCCAGGAGAAGGAAGCCCAGGAGAUGAGUGAGGGUCACUUGUUCCUGGUGGAUUCCGACCCUGCAAAUGAUUUUUACAUCUCCCCAGGAAGACUAUUCCCUUCCUAGGAGCGAUUGCUGUCACCCACGUCCACGCCCUCCACCCUCCCUCUUCUGUCUUUCUGUUUUCCAGGUGAGAAAACCAGAGUGUGGCAUUUCACUCUUUCCUGCUUAAAGUGUCUCUGCUGCUUAGGGAUCUGGUCAGACCCCUGAGUCAGCCCAGGGAACAUCAAAAUCCCCCCUUCCCAGCACACCUCCUUUCUCUCCAGCUGCCACUCAAAAUAAAUACAGAUGCAGUCUAUGUAGUGGCCAAGGGGGUCUUUCUUAGCAAAAGAUCAAUGCGCUGGAAACAAAAGGAACAAGGAAGGAGAUCAUUUGUUCUUAUCUUACUGGUUUCCAGAGAGGAAGUAAUUUAUCUGCUCUGGGGUGAAAUGAAUCACUCUUUGGGUGUGGACAGCUAAGUCGACUAGGUGGAAAUGUGAUCACUCAGUCCGAGAAGCGUGGAGAGAGGUGAUCAGAACAGGACACAUUCUAGAGGGCACCUGCCAUUUCCUCUGCCAUCUGCAUGUGGCUCUGAGGCCCCACAGAUGGGUGGGAGCGGAGGUGCUAGCUGGCCCCACACCAAAACCAUGCAGUGCUGCUGUCUUGUGGUGGCCUCUGGCUUCUGCACCUGGGGUGGAAAGUGGCAGGACCUAACUCAAGGUUCAGGGUCCCUGGGGUUGGGAGACCCAGAAAACUCUUAGAGGUCCUGGAGAAAACCUUGGGAGACCCGAGUUUGCCUUCCACCGGAGAGGGAGUCUGGGCUUGGCUUUACACUGCAUUUGACUUCUUUUUUGUAGCCUUUUAUUUGCUAAUAGAGGUUGCCCGGGGGAAGGUCACCCCUGAGUACUGUAUGUGACACUUUCGAUGUUUCACCAGAUUUUGUUUUACAGAGUUAUUCUAUCCCCUGACAUGGAAACAUCUGUUUCAGACCGUCCUGUUAACAUGAACUCUAUGUCUGGUUAUUAGCAUCUGCCUGUUAAGUCUGAAUUCAAGAUGCAAGUGUAACAUAGGAGAAACAUAGAAGCAGGAAGGUGGCCAGGGGUUCCCAACUCUGGCCAGAUAAGCUGCUGGAUCAGAGUCCCCUGAGCUGCCUUAGUCCUCAGAGGGGGUGUUCCUGCCCUGGGAGGCAGCUGGUGUCUUGCCACAUGACCCACGUGGAAGCAGUAAGGUAAAACUGAAGCAUUCUUACCCAAGAAGCCAUUUCUUAAUUAAGAAACACAAGGCAUUCAUUUUAUUCUUUCUUUUGGUUUCAUGCAAUGGAGAAGGAUAGAGAAGGCGUGUGGUGUGGUAGAAAGGGCACAGCAUUUCAAGGUGCACAGACCUGGGUCUACAGCUGACGGGCUGAGUGUCCUGGCGAGAGUGUCUUGCCCUCUCUGAGCUCUCUAGUUCUUUAUCUAGGAAAGCAACGGUUGGGUUAAAUAAUCAGGUUCUCAUCUGGUCACAUAGAAUUCACAGUCAUCACAGCAACGUUCUUAACGCUACGCAGGCACUGGAGGCUGUACACCUUUUACAGCAGGGCUUUCUGAAAACCUUAAUAAAAACCCAGUUGUUAAGAUUUCUAGCCACUGAAACCUGGACUCAGUGGUUCCCUGUCCUCAAAUAUAUCUUCAACCAGUGUAAGAAACUCUAGAAUAUUCAGGUUUCUUUUUUUCUCUCGCAAAUCCAACCUUUUUGUCUUGAAGAUAUCUAGGGUGCCCUGCCUCUGUGCACCCCAACAUCCACAGCCCCCUGGAAAUGCCGUACUAUUGUGUGAGAUCUGGCUGAAGUGGUUGGUCCCAUGGUGUCUGCCCUUCUCCCUCUGUUCCUCCACUCCUGUGUAAAUAAGGACUGUGGGAUGGUGCCUCUCUGAGUCAUACACUGCUCCAAUGUCAUGCUGGUUUCAAUGUCUGGUGUGGAUUUAUUUUAAAUGCUGUUCUCUUCAUGGAAAAAUCAGUGUACAGAGUAAUAAAGGCUGUCUCCUGUGCCAUG